ACACUUCACUCCUCAAAUCUGUUGUUCUGCUAAUCUACGAUAAUGAGUCUGGAACCUGAUCGCGAUGAUAUACCUCAAGAUAUUUGAUAAUCAAAGACCUCGAACGAGGCCAGUGGUGUAAAAUAACUACUUGCAUCGUCGCUCUUUCAAAGCACAAACGUCUUGAACAGCUCAGGUGCGAAUUUGAUCGAGGAUGAAACGACCCGUGGAUCACUGGUCACUUGGUCAUCAGCCUAUCAAAUUUCGUCGACGUCGACCUAUCCCGAGGACGGGGCACUGCGUUGUCAAACAAUUGCAAUGCUCGACACUGGGUCUGGAGGUCAAUCAGAACCACAGAUCUCUACAAACCCUUGAUUCCUAGUCACAUCCGUUUUCUACGAAUUGAUGGCAUAAUUCACAUAGACGAGCCGGAUCUUGGCUAUUCUGGCGAGGUCCUUGUUGGGGGACUUAGAAGUAUACAACACUUCAGUUAAAAGUAAUUAUGCAAGCAAAAACGACCGCACCAUGCACUAUACUACAUGCUCCUAUAAAUCCUCGGGCCACUACAUAUUUUUCAUAUUUCCAUUAAAGCAGGUUUAAAAAGAAAAGAUCCGACCUCAGCCAGCAAUCAAGUACCUAGAUUGUUUAAAGGAAUUCUCCAAAAGGAAACCCUUGGAACAAACAUCAUCUUCGCUGGCUAUCAAUAGAAGUCGAGUUUUUGGAUGAAAAAACAAGGGACGAAGAAGAAAGAAGAAGACUAAGGUUAAAUAUCUACCCACCACGAGAAAUAGAAAGCAAAGUAAAGUAAAACUACCAACGCUACGAGACCAUGUUCUGGCAUAUGCUGCUUGGAAAGCUGGGGAAACCACUAGAAGAUAAAACCUUAGUCUAUAUCGACCAUUACAGAUUGGAACAAUGAGGAAGAUGAAGUUUUCCUCCGCAGGUUUUGAGUUGAGAGUAAAUGUGGUAGAAGAGGGGGCAUGAAGUGGAGUCUCUCUCCUUCGCAAAGUCACGGAAAACAAGGUCGACGAUAGGAUUGAGAGUUGCCCAGACGGUACCCUUGUGUACCAGCAUCGGAAAGGCUUUCUUCUUCUCCUACUUUCCAUUACAUAGAUGAAGUCAGGAUGGACCACAACGCCGAAUACAAAGCAACUGCGUGAUAGUAUAACGGGUCAGUUGUUUUCUGGUUGGCUUGCAACUCAUCAGCCAAUAAAGGUCUCAUAUAUUUGGCCCAACCGACAGCAUAGCUAUCAACCAUUUAUGUUCUUCAGACCGAUUGAAUGGCAUCGAUAUGCACUGAUGAGAACUAGACUCCUGCGAAAGCUACGUAGGUAUUUAUUAAAAAGGAACCAUGGACCACUCACAAUAAAAUCAUGGACCAGGAGCUAAUCUCUUCCACGAUAAAUUCAUGUAUCUUUAUGAGUCGUGUUAACAAAUCGUUGUCAUUCACCAAAUCUCUUUCAAUAUUAUCGGUGAAUUGUCAACUCCAUUACUUGAGCACUUUCAGGUAUCUUCCUUCGGCAUCCCCAUCUCAACCAAACUUUCGUAUAAAACCCUCAAUCCAACCUUUUCACAUUCAUUACAGAAAGGUCAAAGUGGAUAAUCCCAAGAAGCGCAGAAAUCAAAACCGUCGAAGAGGACGAGAACGAAAUGGAACUCGACACAUCAGACGUUGGUUCUGAAGUACCAGACCUGGGAGAACUGGAAGAACUGUACGAAUCAGCAGAGCCUCCCCGCAAAAAGAACCGUGGUAUUGAUGAUAGCAUCAUUGAUGCGCAUAGUGAGCUCCUCAAUGCUUAUUUAAGCAUUCCCUCACGAAUUUCCAAGAGAAAUUCCGAAAUUCUUACUUGCAGAGGACUUCUUGAAGGAUAUAGAGCUGAGAGCAGAAUACGACAGAACGAAGCCAAUAUUGAAAAGCAAAUGCGACGUUUCGGAAACGAUGACGGGGAAUUCGUGGAAGGUUACAUUGAGCCUCUCAUAAAAGCACUCCGUGAACAACCGAUGAUCAAGUUUGUUCCCGAGAAUAAGGAAAUCAUGGAGUUGUAUGAGAGACGUCAUGAGCUACAGGAAAUGAUCGAGAGCUAUGAGGAAGAUCCUGAUCUCAUGGAGCAUGGACAGGCGUUUCAGAGAUAUUUCCAUGAGAAGGUAUGGCAAUCACACUGUGUUAGAGUCCAUGAGAAUAUUACUUGGUGUAUGGAGGAUAUCGAGGAGAGUGAGAGGCUGCGAGUGGAUUUGAGGAUUAUGUUGGUGAACUCGGGUAUCAUUUUGAGGCGGAGAGGUCUACCGAUGAGACGUAUAGAUGAUAGUGGACAUCCUCUUGAAGAUUAGCUAUAGUGUGGGUAUUAUUGCAUAUGGCUUUUUAUGUCUCAACUCUGAGAUACUUCUUUGAUAAUAUUGAUAUUUUGAAAUGGAUGCUGAUACUUGCUAUUCUUCAGCAAUCUUUACAGCCAUCAGCAUGUGAGGAAAUUUAGGAAACACAUCCCGUGAGUUAUUUGCUCGCUGAUGUUGAUAUCCCUCCAGAUUUCACCGCCUACAUGACCAAAACAAGUAGUAUCAAUAUUAAUGAUCCUCUAGAUUUAGACUACAAUAUCAAUACAUUCUAACGCACAG